AUGCAUGCAACAGAAACUGAUGUCCAGCCUCCUUUGCAUAAGAAGCAGGGAUGGCAGAACAAUUCUUUUUUCUCUUCUGUAAUGGGAGGAACACUUGAAGUACUUCUUGUUAGUGCUGAAGGCAUUAGGCACACUAACAUAGUAGGGAAACCAACCUACUAUGUAAUUCUUGAGUGCAGAGAUCAAGUUCACCAAAGUAAAACAUCUAGAGGUCACGAAGAAGUUUUCUGGAACGAAAAAUUUACAUUUGACUUGCCAGAGCGGGGAACGGACGACGAGAUCUACCUCAAACUUAAAAUCAUGGAUGAAGAAUUUUUCUCACGUGGUGCAUUUGUAGGCCAAACAACUAUCUUCCUCAAAGGUAUAAUCGUGGAGGGGAAAGACAAAGGAAUCAUAGAAGUGAAACCAGCUCCAUACAAUGUUGUUCUUGAUGAUGACACUUUUAAAGGGCAGAUAAGUAUCGGACUCAAAUACUCUGCAAAUGCUGCAAAUCCUAAAAUACAACAAAUAGAGAGAAGGCAAGGUGAAGCGGAUGAGAAUGGAGAGAAGGGAUCAGUUGGCCUCUCCAUAUGCAGUUCUAUAGCAACUUUCUGGCGAAAUCCCUGGUGGAGGUUCUUGUUUCGCUCUAAGAAGUCAAAAUCCAGAGAGAAACAGAAGCGAAACUAA